AUGAUGACUCUGGCAUUUAUUUUGGCUGGUUUUGUCUGGUGGGGAGACCUGCAUAUUCCUGAAGCAAUAGCUGAACAUCAUAUCGCAUCAUCAGUGACGCAGAUGGCUAAGCCUGGGCUGACAACACAUGUAGUGGAGCCUGGGCUGACAACACAUGUAGUGGAGCCUGGGCUGACAACACAUGUAGUGGAGCCUGGGCUGACAACACAAGUAGUGGAGCCUAGGCUGACAUCAUGUGUGAUGGAGGCUAAGCUGACAACACAAGUGGUGGAGGAUAUACUAACCCAAGCACCACAUGGCAGCUACUCUGUAAUUUUUAUCACUGAUGGCACUAUGGCAUCCUCCACUCUGUUUAUGAUCAUUGAUCAUCUCCGGUUUCCAGGAGGAGUUGGAGUAUUUGAAAUUGUAACUAACAGCGAGGAUAUCAACAUGGACAAGCAACUUUCACUCUUGGUCAACAAUGUCAAGCGGCUACGGCAGCUAUCAUCACACACGACAGUUACUGUAAUAAGUGACAACACGGAUUUCAUAUGUGCUUUCGUCCAGUCGUCCUUCAGACUCCGCCUUCUGGUGUGGUCGACGAGGCUGCUGGUCGUCACUCGUUCUCACCUGAUGGACAUGCAGGAACUGUACACAGCCUUUUCAAAGCUGAAUUCUGUGUUGGCUAUUUUCAGAAAGGACACAGCAAACAUCAGGUGUAAUAUGUACAUAGUGUUACCGUACAGUGAACAAAGAUCACAAGUGGUGCAGGUGGCUUCAUGGACGACACUUACAGGAUUGUUUCUCACCUCUGACAUUCCGCUCUUUCCUGAAAAGUUCACAAAAUUAUCUCACGGGCCGAAUUUACUGGUGGCAUCGGAGGCAAAUCCCUUCAAUAAGAUUAUUUCUGUGAAUGAUCCCAAGAAUUGUAGUGAACACAGAGUUCAGUUUGCGGGUCCCGUACAACAGCUGAUAGACUAUCUCUCUAUUGCACUUAAUUUUACGUAUACUUAUGUACAGCCUCCUGAUGGUAUCUGGGGCGUAAGACUCAAAAAUGGAACGUGGACCGGCAUGUUGGGGAUGGUGAUGAGGGAGGAAGUAGGAAUUGGUGCUGGCCCUUUCUCGAUUGAUGAAAAUCGAGCAUUGGUGGUGGACUACACUGCUCCUAUACUGAUAGACUACAUGAGGAUUCUAGGUGCUCGAGGGCUUCCUGAGGUGAAUCCCUGGGGCUUCUUGUUUCCUCUGACACUGCUGGUGUGGGUAGCUAUCCUGGCAACGCUGAUCAUUCUUGCUUUCGCGAAAUUUCUCAUGUCCUCGUGUAUCUCUCUUAAAAGUGACAGCAAGAGGAACUGGUUUAAAAUUACUUUUGACUACGCAAGAAUUCUACUGCAGCAAGAUUACACAGUGGUCGAGUACUGGAGGUGGGAGAAGGUGGUACUGGUGGUAUGGAUGAUGGUGACACUUGUUUUAACAAGGAGUUAUUCUGGUAAUCUCAUGGCACUCUUGGCAGUAAAGCACAUUCCUCAGCCCUACCAGACCCUGAGGGACGUGGUAGACGACCCCUCCGUUACAAUGAUAUGGGAAAAGGACUCAGGUGCUAGCCCCAUUCUGAAGUCAGCAGAGUCUGGUAUAUUCCGGGAGAUAGCUGACAAGGAGAAGGUUGGAAAGCUCAUAUGGAAAACACAACCGCAGUUUCCAGAAGCCAUAGACACUUUGGUGCGACGAGGCGACCAUGUUCUAAUGCGGUCUGAUAGUGGCCAUAAGACUUCUAUUGCUCAAGACUUUACGAAAACAGGUCAGUGUUCUUUUUACGAGUCUCGUGAAGAGUUCAUGCAGAUAAUGCUUGCUAUGAUCGGUCCGAAGGACAGUCCAAUUGUUCCAGCUAUAAACAAGAGGAUAAUGUCGAUGACAGAAGCUGGGCUGUUCUUUCAGUGGCUUGAAGAAGACAGAGUGAACGCCACUGCGUGUUAUCAUGCUUCAAGCAAGAUAACAGUCAAUGCUGCACUUUCAAUCAGUAAUAUUUGGGGAAUGUUUGUUAUUCUCUCUCUGGGACACCUCGCCAGUCUUUCCAUAUUCUGCAUUGAACUUCUGAUUAAUCUGAGCUGUACCUCAUUUCGGUAAUAUGUUUUUUAGAAAAAUAUUUUUUUAAUUAACAAGGACAAAAUAUUUUUGGGGGGUUUUGUUUCAUUAACUCCUAUUAUUUUUUAUAUAUAUUUUAUAAUGCGCCUCGGCAUAUGCAUUCGUAUUAAUAUUCUUCAUUUUCUCAUUAUCUAUUCAUUCACGUCUCUUAAUAUUUUUUAUGAUAAAUGAUUAGCUGUCAAAGAGGAUGCCUCCCUGUUAUUCAUUGUUUCCAUUUUCAUUUCGGUAUUUUUACAUCAUUUAACAGCGUCAUCUGUCUCCAAGUCACUUCCUCCUCUGCCAUCACUCACAUGCCUGUUGAACAAACAUAUACCCUCACUUUCCCCCACCUUCCCUUUUCCUAUGUUUCCAUCUUUCUUCCCCAUCAUACCUAAGCUCUGGUCAUUUACUCAGUACCUUCAGUUCUUUGCCUGUUUGACUCACACUGUAUAUCAUUGCCUAUAAAUAUCAAAAUCAAUUUACUCUAUUCUUAAUCUUAACACACCUCUUCAAGGGGGGCUCCUUGGUGCAGUGAAGAGGCUCUUGGUCUGAGGAAUUAGAC